AUGUUCACAAAUAAACUAAUAAAACCAAAUACUACUUUAUCCAACUCAUUGUUAAAUGUGUAUUUAUAUAGACCAGUUAUAAAUACUCAAUUUGCUUUCAAAUCUUUAUAUUCUACAAAUGCAACUAUUGUAAAUAAAAGAUCAGAAAAUCAAUACAAUGAUUAUAAUUCAAUAAAAUCAAAGUAUAAGAACCUUAGUUUUGAUAAUAAUAUUAAUGACUUUAAAAAAAUCGAAUGGAAACAUUUUGAUAUGAGCAAAGGUCCAAUUUUUACAUGUGAAUGGGAUAUAGCAAUUAAUUACAGCUAUGGUAAACCACCAACACCAGCAAAUGUAUUUUCAACAGACUUUAACAAAUCUCAAGAAAUCUCAUACCCAUACCUCGAUGGUAAAUAUUUAAAAUUAGAAACAUUUUACAAACCAGCAGCUGUAUACUUUAAAUAUUUAGAAAAUGAAGAGGUUACAAGUGAUUCUCAACACACUAUCAAAUUCUUUAAAGGUUCACCCUCAUCAGUUACAAUGGAUAAAAUAACAAGUAAUGAUAUUUGCAGUGCAAUUUCAGAUAUGGAUAUUAACAGUCCAGUUACAACAGGUUAUGGUUAUCCAUCUAAUAACAUUAACCCACAACCAUUAUCAGUUAAUUUAUGGGCUUUCCCAGGUGAAAAUGCAUUCUUUCAAGAUGUUGUAUUAUACUCAUUUAAAUUUAAACUACCAACAGAGUUAGCAAGUGAUGCAAAUCAAGUUUUAAAUUUAUUAAAAGAAAAUUGUAAAUUACCAAAACUAUAUCUUCGUGGUGACUAUGUAUAUUUCUUUGUUGAAAUGACAAAAAAAGAUCCAUUUAAUGUAUUUAAUCAAACCCUUCUUUAUAAAACAUUAGAAAAAGAUCAAGUUUCAGAUUACUUAAUGAGUAAUAAUGGUUUUUCAAAAUGGGCAAAAAAUUAA